AUGGAUAUUCCAAGCAAUGAAAAUAAUAAUAUGUUUGCAGUUCAUACACCAUAUCCUAAUCCUUUACUUCAAGAUAAUAAUAAUAAAUUUAAUGCAAUUAUACUCGGAAAUGAAAUUUUGAUCAGGUUCCGUUGGAAUAAUUUAACACCUUUUAUAAGUCCGGGUGAUACAAUUGAAGUUUGCUCGAAACUACUGGCAACAACGACCUACGAUCUAAAUAUUCCGGUUAGAAACUGUACGAUUAUCAUGCAACCACAAGAUACCUUUGCUCAAUACUGUAUAACUAAACCACAUCGCAACUGGUUGCUUAUAAACUGUAUCGGGACUCCUGAAUGA